AUGAGUGAUUGGAGUGUAGCGAGGCGAAGCUCGAUAUCACUCCCCGCGGCCACGGUAAUCAGUCGUCCUGCCCAAAAAGCCUGCGUCGACAAGAGCUGUCUACCCCGAAAAUGUUUCCUGGACACGACCAUAUGA